AUGGCUGUCGCCCAUGUUCUAGACAAUUACUACCUGGGAAUAACGGCCAUUGUCACCGUUGCCUACCAGCUCUUCUUCUUCGCCAUCGCAUAUUCCUUCAAAUUCGACAAACUCACUGACCUCGCCGGCGGCACCAACUUCGCCAUCCUGGCGAUCCUCACACUCUCCCUCUCCGGCCACCACCAUGCGCGCCAAGUUGUAGCCUCUCUGUUUCUCAUCCUCUGGGCCGUUCGUCUCUCGUCCUUCCUCUUCUUUCGCAUCCUGCGCACAGGCUCAGAUGAUCGAUUCGACGACAAGCGCGACAAGUUCUUUCCCUUCCUUGGCUUCUGGGUCUUUCAAAUGAUUUGGGUGUGGACGGUGUCACUCCCCGUGACCAUAUUGAACUCGCCCAAUGUGACGCAGUACCCACAGCAUUCAUUUGGCACUGGGAGAGACAUUGCCGGCAUUGUUUUAUUUACGAUUGGGUUUCUUAUGGAGAGCGUGAGUGACAUGCAAAAGUACAAUUUCCGAAAAUCCCACGAUGGGUACGCGGUUUGUGAUGUCGGCUUGUUCAAAGUGUCGAGACAUCCGAAUUACUUUGGCGAGAUAAUUAUUCAGUUCUCCAUUUACAUGAUCGCCGUUUCAUCAGCGGCGGAUGGGUACGUCUCAGGCCAGGCCUACAAAGCGCUGUACGCAACAAUCUUGGGGCCAAUUCUUCUCACAGUACUACUCAUGUUUGUAUCUGGACUGCCCCUUUCGGAGAGGCCAAAGGCCAAAGCACGCUAUGAGAAGGGCAACAAUUGGGAAGGAUACAAGCGGUGGCUGGACCGGACGAGUAUCUUGAUUCCAUUCCCCCCACAGCUGUAUGAGAAGAUGCCUUUGUUUUUGAAACGAACCAUUUUCCUGGAGUUUCCCAUGUACGUAUUUUACCCUCCGUCAGCAGAUGCUGAUGUUGUUGAGUGA